UCAGUGGUAGGUUUUUCAUUGCAAAACGAAAUUAGUGCCGCUAAUAUUUUGUGAUGUGACUUUUCGCUUAAUAUUUUAGUGAAAAUUAAUCAAUAUAAACGUUUAGGAAUUGAACUCGCGUUUGUAAUACUUAACAGAAUCAAAUUAAUUUAAUUUUGAUCCUUUGGGCAUCCGUGCAGUUAAGCUGUAGCACGGUGCCCAUGUGGAAGAUUGCAUACAUUUUCUAGCAUUUCAAUUACUGAAAUAAAAAACUUGAUGAAAGCAUGGCUGGUGGAAAUCAAGCGCGCGUCAUUCAAGUGACGAAUAUUGCACCCCAAGCGACGAAAGAUCAAAUGCAAACAUUGUUCGGUAACAUUGGGAAAAUCGAGGAAAUCCGACUCUAUCCAACUGUGCGUGAUGUAUCGUGCCCAGUUCAAUCUCGUAUUUGCUAUGUUAAAUAUGCGGAAAGUAGCUGUGUACCGGUUGCCCAACAUCUAACCAACACCGUAUUUAUUGAUCGAGCACUGAUUGUUAUACCUGUGCUGGCAAUUCCAGAAGAAUAUCGCGCAUUAGAGAUGUCCAAAAAUGGUACAAUCGUACCAGGACUACAAAAGCCGGAUUCCAAGUUGCCUCCAGAAGUGAUUAACCGUAUUGAAGGCCAAUCACCACAACAGGUUAUUAAAACUUACGAUCCUAAACUGUUAGACAACAACUUGCCCGAAUACCCAGCAUUGCCCUCAUUUUAUGACGCUCGGAAAAUCGAAGAAAUACGUAGAACUAUCAUAGUAUGCGAUGUGAAGAAUGAAUGGCGUCUUGACGAUUUGAUGGAAUGCUUUCAACGUGCGGGUGAAGUGAAAUACGCAAGAUGGGCAGAAAAAGAUAGUAAAACUUAUUGUAUGAUCGAGUUCUGCGAUCAGCCAAGUAUUAUACAUGCUCUUAAAAUGCAAGGCCAAGAAUUCAAGGGUGGAUAUCUAAAUGUUUACCAUUCUACCGACUCCAUAACUAAGCCAGAAGCAAAAUCAAAUGAGGCAGCGCAGGCUGAAAUCGAAGAGGCAAUGACUAUUGUAAAAGAAGCUCAAAAUAUGAUUUCAGCUGCAAUUGAUCCCGUAAUUGGAAUGUUGGCUAAGGAUAAGCGUCGACGUUCCCGCUCUCGUUCAAGAUCUCGUGAUCGUCGCACCAGUCGCUCACGUUCACAUCGUUCACGGUCAAGACGUCGCUCUCGGUCUCGUACACGUAAGCGUUCACGUAGCAAGUCUAAACGACGUUCUCGUUCGCAUUCUCGUGGAUCACGUUCACGAAAGCGCUCCAGGUCACGAAAACGCUCUCGUUCUCGCCGUAAAAGUCGUUCCCGCUCACGUUCUAAACGACGAUCUAGGUCCCGUGACCGUCGAGCUAAGCGUUCCCGUUCACGUCAUCGUCGUAGUACCUCGAGAUCACGCCGUUCCCGGUCGCGUACUAAACGUUCGCGCUCCCGUGAACGCAAGCGUUCGCAUCGUACCCGUGAUGAAAAACGUUCUCGCUCUUCGCGGUCACGCAGCAAACGUCAUUCACCAUCUCCCUCGACACGUUCCCGUUCGAGUAGGAGCAAAGAUAUUGCUCCACCAAUAAAAUCGUCAUCGUCUAAACGACGUUCGCGUACUCCAGAUCGCAAAUUAAAACCAAUUUCCGAAGAUUUAGAAGUUAAAAGCACACGAUCGAGUGUGGACUCCAAGUCGCGCAAAUCUGUUAGCGUGGAGAAAUCGGACAACAUGGAUAUAUCUAAUUCACCAUAACAAUCCUAUUAGCUAUUGCAUAAAAAAGUCACUCUUAACGUUAAGUUAAAGAUUAAAUUUUGGAUUUUCUUCAGGAUAGUAGUUUACAUUUCAUGUAUAAUAAUUUAUACAUUAUCAUAUUAUAUUAUACGUUUUUUUACAGAAUCAAUGCUUAAUAUACUAUUUGAGAAAUAUAUCUUUAUGUUUCCUCCGACAAAGCUAUUACAAUAAAGAAGCCACUCUAUUAUCCGCCA